CUAAAAAUUGCAUCAUUCAUGAUAGCUAGGUAUGUCCCAUCAGAACAAUUUUCUUUUACAUAUAUACAUUUCGUAGUCUAUAAAUCAAAGGUGUGCAUAGAGGAAACUUUGAUUUUCACCACCCUAAAUUAUUGCGUUGAUUUCAAAUUUUUGAUGCACGGCAGAAGAGGGAGGAGAAUUGAAUGAUGUCAUAAAAAUAAGUACCAUCUUCAACAUGGCGGAGGUAGUGGUGUCCCUUGCUGCCGAAAACAUCCAGGAGGACUCUAACGCUUUAAUAUCAAGUGUGAAAAGUGAAGCACAUGCCCUAUGCAAAGAUCUUAAGGAAUUAGAAAAGUCCCUCGUUGAUGCUGAAAGAAACAGCAGACCAGCUAUGGCCAACAACGAGCAGAUUCAUGCCUGGUUCGCAGAGCUGAGAAAGAUAGCUCAUGAAGCGGAGGAUUCGGUCGAUAGCUUAGUCUCCGGCACAGACUGCACGGCCUUCAGUAGUCUGAGAUACCCAAUACGUGCCCGCCGGACCUCAAAGAAGCUCCAAGGAUUGCGAGAAGAUGUAAACAAUAUCAAGUCCAAACUUAAUAAUAAGGAAGGGUCGUCGUCCAAGAAGGUGAGGUCAGUGAGAGAUGCGCGACACUUCGACCAGCAGACCGAUCCAGAUAUUGGUGCAGAUGAAGACAUUGUUGUGGGCAUUGACGCUGAUGUGGAUAGGCUGGUGAAAGUGUUGGUUAAGAAAAAAAUUGAAGAUGAUGCUGAUCCUCAUCUGUCUUUGAUGAAUGUUGUUGCGAUUGUAGGCAUAGGUGGUUCCGGCAAAACAACAUUAGCUAAGAACAUCUACUACCACCGAAAGGUCAAUAAUCACUUCAAUUAUAAGGUAUGGCUCACGCUCAAUCAAGACUGGGAUGCCUCUCAUAAGCAUCUAUUGUUGUUCAGAAUUGUACAAUCUAUCAGAGGCAGCAACAGUAGUAGUGGAAGUGUCAAAAAGCUCCACCGCGUUUCUUCCCUACCAUCUUAUCGUGGCCAAGGUGAUAGUGGUGACGUGUCAUUGAAGGUCCUGAAAACCCUCCAAAAAUUGUUCAGGACAGAAUCGUGUUUAGUGGUGUUAGAUGAUGUGUGGGACUGGGAACCGUUCAGGGGGAUCAUUGACGAAUUGUUCCAAGUACCACCAACAUCGUCUCCCGGUGUAGCCUGCACCUCUAAGAUAUUAUUCACCAGUCGACGCCUCCCAUCGCCUGCAGGUGCAGACACCCACUUGAAGUGGGUUAUUGUCCAUGAGACCAAGUCUCUUAGCCAACAGGACAGCUGGGAAUUAUUCAAAAAAAUGUUGUCCAAAAGCGAGAAUGGGAAAAGGUUGGAUAAGAAUUACCCGGGUUUGGCAAUGGAGAUGGUGGGAAAGUGCAAAGGUUUGCCGUUAUCUAUAGUGGCUUUAGGCCGGCUACUUACGAGAAAGGGGUCCAUUGAGGAAUGGGAGAGGGUAUUCUCUCAACUAAAAGGGGAACAAGGUUCUCAUCUGUAUGGGCCGGUCAAUGAUAUUUUGGCCUUGAGUUAUAGCGAACUGCCACACCACUUGAAGCCGUGCUUUCUUUACUUGGGACUGUUGUCAGAAGACUCCACCAUCCCUGCUGGAGUACUGAAGAGGAUGUGGAUUGCGGAAGGAUUCGUCAAGGACCAACAAGGCUGUAAAACCCCUGAAGUUGCUGCUAAAGAUCUCCUGGAUGAGCUUGUUAACCACACAAUGGUUCAGAUUGUCACCAAGACCUUUACGGACAAAGCAAAUACACUCCGGCUUCAUGAUAUGAUGAGGGAUAUUUGUAUCAAGAUAGGCAGGACGCUGGAUUUCCUAACCUUAUUUCCUUCAUAUAGUGAUCAACUUCACUCACGCCGAGCUGCUAUCAACCUUAGCAAGAGCGCUGGAGCUCUUCCGAAUAAUGCAGGCCUUAGAUCUCUGAUGUUAUCUCAAAAAUCAAGUACAAGCAAACAAUACGGUAGUAGAAUGAAUAAUCAGCAGGGAAUUGUGGACCUAGCCCUAGUGUUUGAGAAGUUCAAAUUGCUAAGGGUAUUAGAAAUUAAAGGGAUCAAAACCUAUAAUGGCACUAUGCCAAAAGAAAUAGGCAGCUUGAUUCACUUGAGGUAUUUGGGAAUAAGGUCCACAAACAUCCAGCAACUCCCCAGGUCUAUUGGGAAAUUACACAAGUUACUUACACUUGAUUAUUGGGAUGUUACUAUCGAUAAUGAAAUCAGAUUGCCUAAUGUGUUUUGGAGGUUGGAGAGGCUUAGGCAUCUUUUUCUUCCAAAUGAAAUGAUGACCAACGUGAUGGCGGAUAUGAGGUUCGACGGUCUCCGACACUUACAAACCUUGUGGGGUAUAAAAGGAGGAGAAUGGAUGCUUACAGAAAUGAAUAAGUUGAGUGUCAGCCUUACUAAGCUAUACAUUCAAGGAAUAUCAGAUGAAGCACAAUUAGAGGCAGUGUUCGGUAGCUCUAUCAUCAAGGAGCAUGAUAAUCUCUAUGCUUUAUGUUUGGAUUGGUAUAGCAUUUCAUUAAAACCCGAGUCCCUUAGUAAGCUGAGCUCCAAAAAUAAUCUGAAAAAGCUAAGGUUAAUGGGUAGAGCGUUAGAUAAACCACAACUACCCCUUAAAUUCCCCGACAGCCUUUGGAAAUUAGAACUUUACUAUACUCACCUCGAGGAACCCGAGACCUUGAACACUCUAGGGAAGCUGCCUAAUUUGAAGUUCCUAGGACUAUCCAAGGGCUCAUUCACGGGGAGAAAAUGGACUAUUAGAAAGGAAAUCAAGUUUGAGAGUCUUAAGGAGCUGAAAUUGUCUAGUCUCCCAAAUUUGAAAGAAUGGGAAAUCGAAAGUGGCACCACGCCAUGUCUAAAGAAGUUAUCAAUUAUCUCUUGUAUGAAUUUAAAACAAUUGCCACAAGGGUUACAGUCCAUAAAAACCCUUGAAACCUUGGAUGUUCGCUCAAUGCCAACUAGUUUCAACAGAAGAUUCCGGGAUGUGAACGAAGGAGAAGACUUUCACAUUGUAUCUCGCAUCCCUAACGUUUGGGUUAAGGACUCAUGUACACAUUUGUUUUACUAAUCCAUCAUCGAGGAGCUAAAACUCAAAAACCGAGGAAAAAAAAAGAUUACGGAGCAUUAACUAAGAAAUUAUCAGUAUUUGAUCUCAGACCUCCAGAUCAAGAAAUCCAGUGCAAAUUUCCAAUCUGCUCCUAUCCUCAAAGUUCUCCCUAACUAUGCUAUAUCACAAUCACGUUUGUCAUUGAAAAUUGUUUUCUUUAACAUUGUAAUAUGUUUUCCAUCAAAAUAAAUGGAGCUUAAUAAUACUCGUGUUUUUUCGUACUUCAAAUAUUUCAAAAAGAUUCACCACUGCUUUUUACUAAUUCACUCUUUGGUGUAAUUUUUUUUAAAAAAAAAAAAAUUAAACUUCAUUUUGUGAAAGUAAUUUUUAUUUACUUAAAACUGUAUGUAAACAUUAGAUUUUCAGUAAUUAAAACUGGUUUUUGUAAUUACUACCCCUGAUUCUACUUACACUAAUAAACUAUUUUACAUUAUCUACUGUAUACAUUUUUUGUUUGAAAAUGCUUUUUAUCUUUUUUAAUUUUGUCAAAAUUGAGUUUUAAAAUGGAUGAGCAAAUAUUUUCUUCACUUGCAUGAGUGGACAAUAUAUCAAGCGUCAUAUGGUGGUAUUCCAAAUAAAGCUUCAAACUUCUACCCUCUUCCAAUCAAGUGGGUACAUGAAAAGAUAUAUUUGGUCGGUCCAACUCCUAUCUUAUAGUAUAUGAUAUAUGUGUACAUAUUGCCAAACCCAUUUUGUAAAAUUAACCUUUGAGGAUUAGACUAAUUCACUGCUUAAUAUCUUACCAUGCUUUGACUUUUGCAAUUA